AUGAUCAAGGAGCUGAUCCUUCCCGCCGACAUGAAGAAGCACGAUGAGCUGUCCGACCUGAAGGCCGCGCAGAAAAACUACCUGGCCCACGAGCGAAUGAUCGCCGUGCGGCAAAGUUUGUGGGAUGCAAUAUCCAACAACAAGGCCAAGACGGCCAAGCUGACUAAGCUGAAGGCCGCGCAGGAGGUGGCAGAGGCUGAGCGUGAUACACUAAGUCAGAAAAUGGCUCGGGCUAAAGAAGACAAGCAGAGGGCCGUUCAGCUGACAAAGGCUCGCUACCUCGCCGAGCUGCGAAAGCUUCGGGAUGCCCACAAAGCCAAGAGGGACAAGGCAGUAGAUGAUGCUGAAGACUGCGGGUAUGCAGAGGUUGGCCUUGGUCAAGACGCCGAGAUGUUCCAAAACCCGCCUGCCGCCUACGUCCCAGCCUAUAUGCAAGCCUACGCUAGCGCCGUGCAAAAAAGACUUAUUGAAGAGGCGAAGAAGGCAGCUGAGGAAGAGGCAUCCGCCGUACAACCAGCCGAGCCAAAUCCCCCCGAAGCUUCUGAAGGGGCUGAGGACCGUGAGGCGGAGCAAGAGGUUGUCGCGGUUGCUGAUGCCGAGACAGAAGAUGCCAAGGUGGGCCUGGCCGAACAAAAUGUCCUUCUAGAUUUAGAUUGA